AUGUCGAUGGGUCCUACGACGCCUCGGUCCCGACUCUUUUCGCCACAACUGACGAGUGGUCGGACUUCAAUGAAAAUCGGUCCACAUCACAAUCAACCCCAACGCGCUAGAGGGCCGAGUCCGACCCCGAUGAACCCAGUAGUGGAGAGCUGCCGCGGGGAGAGUGACUUCGCCAUUGAGUCGGAAUUGGAGAGAGGAGCAAAGAGCCCGGCCAAAGCAACGACCUUGGGCAAUAUCAUUAUCUGCGAACGUUGCGAGGACGAGAGGGACCACUGUGAACCGAAUUAUCGUGCAUUGCUUCCUGCCGCUACCCUCGGGUUCCCUGUUGCGGUUAGUGACGAACGACUCGGAAGUUGGAACGAGAGCGACAGCACAUCAAGGGCCCGCAGCACCGUUGAAUUUUCCGAAUCCCCCUUCCUCACACCACCGGAUGCCCGCCCACAGCGCACAAUGACCUUUUGGCCCCUCAUGAUACGUCAGGCACACUCUUAA